CUUCCACUAUAGGUUGCACAGAGCAUUGAGGAUCAUCAUCAAGAAGUAAUUGCUUUCUGCAGAGAAAAAGGUUUCCAUGGCUUGGUUGCAUAUGACUCCGAUUAUGCAUUGUGCAACAUCCCUUACUAUUUCAGUGCCCAUGCCCUAAAACUGAGCCGUAAUGGGAAAAGUCUCACAACAAGCCAAUACCUAAUGCAUGAAGUUGCCAAGCAACUGGACCUGAAUCCAAAUCGCUUUCCUAUUUUUGCUGCUCUUUUAGGUAAUCAUAUUCUACCUGAUGAAGAUUUGGCUUCCUUUCAUUGGAGUUUACUUGGUCCAGAACAUCCACUAGCUUCACUUAAGGUACGUGCUCACCAGUUAGUUUUACCACCUUGUGACGUAGUGAUCAAAGCUGUAGCUGACUACGUCCGUAAUAUUCAGGACACCACUGAUUUGGAUGCCAUAGCAAAAGAUGUUUUUCAACAUUCACAGUCUAGAACAGAUGACAAAGUCACUCGAUUUAAGAGAGCAGUUGCUUAUUACUCAGCAACUAAUAAACCUAUGCCAUUUCAUCCACCACAUUACCUAG